AUGACUGCACCCUCUACAAUCAAGCAGCGCUUUCUCUCUCAGUCCAACGACCUCGGUGUCGUAGCUGUGGGCUUCUCCGGUGGCCAGUGCAAAGCAGGCGUUGAAGCGGCGCCUAUGGCCUUGAUCGAAUCUGGCCUUCUCGAUCAACUUCACGAAGACCUUAACUAUAACGUUCACCACGACAACAUUGUGCAUGACUAUGCGGACCUCAUGCCCGCCGAGGACCCGGAUCACAGAGGCAUGAAGAAGCCUCGUACCGUGAGCGCAGUUACCCAGAAGCUUAGCCAGCAGGUCUACGAACAUGCGAAACAAGGAAAGAUGGUCCUGACACUUGGUGGUGACCAUUCAAUCGCUAUUGGCACAAUCUCUGGUACCGCCAAGGCGAUCCGUGAGCGAUUGGGUCGCGAGAUCGCAGUCAUUUGGGUAGAUGCUCAUGCCGAUAUCAAUCUCCCUGAGGAGAGCCCUAGUGGUAACAUCCAUGGUAUGCCGGUUGCGUUCCUCACGGGACUGGCCAAGGAAGAGAAGAAGGACAUUUUCGGCUGGCUCGAGAAGGAUCAGCUGUUAAAUGUGAAUAAGCUGGUUUAUAUUGGACUGCGGGAUGUUGAUCGUGGCGAGAAGAGGAUCCUUCGUGAGCAUGGUAUCAAGGCUUUCAGCAUGCACGAUAUUGAUAGACAUGGUAUCGGCCGCGUUGUUGAGAUGGCUCUUGCACACAUUGGCAAUGAUACACCUAUACAUCUGUCCUUUGACGUCGAUGCGCUCGACCCCCAAUGGGCUCCUAGCACCGGCACCCCGGUUCGAGGGGGUCUUACUCUUCGAGAAGGUGACUUCAUCUGUGAAUGUGUCCACGAGACCGGAAACCUGGUUGCUAUGGAUUUGGUGGAGGUCAACCCUAGCCUGGAAGCCACUGGAGCUGGCGAUACUAUUCGCACAGGUUGCUCGCUCGUCCGCAGUGCUUUGGGCGAUACACUUCUUUAA